AUGUCCAAGAAAAGAAUCUACAAGACAAACAAUAGACACUCGUACGAUGAUUUUGAUAUUGUGUCGUGCUACGAGACAGUAAUUGAUGAAUCUUCCUCGGAAAGCACAUUUUCAAACCUGGUAAAAUCAGGAACAGGAAAAGAAGUGAAAGAAUUCAUAGAUGCACAUGAAAAUACAGAAACUCCAGAAGAAUGUGAGAAUGAAACUGCCAUCGUGAUAGAAAAAACGGAAUGUAAUGAGACUGCUGUAAUAAAGAGAGAUGAAAGCACAGAGGAGGUCACAAUCAGAAAUGCAUAUUCAGAAAUGUGCGAGUAUUCCAUUGAGACUGAAUCCAAUCCACUUGUUCUGAGAUCUCCACGAUUGAGUAGUGAAGAAAAGUUGCAAGAGAGCCGCCAAGUCCCAGAUGAUCAUACACUGUCUGGAUUUGUCAAGGAUGAUGUUCCUAUCAGAAGAAAUGUCAUAAAACUUGACAUAAAAUACGAUAGUGGUGUUCUUCCAGCAACUAAGACCAAGACCCCAUUUGCAUUAACGCAGGCACGUUUCAUUAAAAACAGUCCAGAAAAACUCAAUGAUGAAAUCACAUCAGCAUUCAACGAAACAGUAAAGAAGGAAGAAGUCUACGUUAAUAAGAUCAAACCAAAGAACAAGUUUGUCUUAAGCAAAUCUAAUGGAUCCAGGUCAAUCAACAAUGUUGAAGAAUCGUAUGAAUUCAAAUACGGAGAACUGUAUGGUCUGUUAAAGAAGUCAUUAGAAGGCUCCAAAAGAACUUCCAAUUAUGUGAAACUGAAAAGCGGUGAAUUGAUUUGCUACAAAUCAAAGCCAAGGAGCAGUAUACCUGAUAUUCUGAUACCAGAAGUUCAUUUCGUACAUCCUGAUAAGAGUAACACGGUCUUUGAAAGGGAGUUUUCAAUUGACCUGAGCAAUGCCAACAUUUUCCUGAACUUGGAAUUCAAGACCAUCUGUUCACGACUCUGUUGUGGCGCUUCAACCGUUGAAAGAGUCUACCUGAUGCUGAUCAAUGAUAUCAUCUUAGAUGAUAUAAGUAGUAUUUCUGGGGGAUAUCAGGUUGAAUUCAGGUUCCACGAUCAUCGAAAGAAGCUCAAGAUACAGAGAUUGGAAUUUGUUAUUGAGUUUCAAGAGAAGCUUUACUCAUUCAUGUGCAAAACAGAGAAAGAACUAAUGAAUUGGAUCGUUUCAAUUCUGCUACGACAAGGCAAAGAGCUCUGCAUGUUCAAUUAG